AUGCCUUCUCAAGCUGCGCUCGUCAUUGGAGGCGUCACACAUGCACGCAAGGAGUUGGAGAGCCUCUCCUCGAUCCUCACCCUCAAGGAAUUCCCCAGCGGUACACGCGAAGAGUUCAUCGCAAACUGCAAGACGGGGCAAUACGACGAUGUUGUUGCGAUUUACCGAUCCAAUAGUUCUAACAAGUACACCGGUCCCUUUGACGCGGAGAUGCUCGCCGUGCUGCCCCAGUCGCUGAAGUACAUUUGCCACAACGGAGCUGGAUACGACAAUAUCGAUAUCACGGCCUGCUCGCAGAGGAAUAUUGCUGUUUCCAGCACCCCCGUCGCGGUCAACAAUGCUACCGCCGAUGUGGGGAUCUUCUUGAUGAUCGGCGCUUUGCGCCAGGCUUAUGUGCCCAUGGCGGCUCUGCGUGCUGGACAAUGGCAAGGUGCGACCACUCUGGGCAAUGAUCCCCAGGGCAAGAUCCUUGGUAUCCUGGGUAUGGGCGGCAUUGGACGGGAAAUGGCUGCUCGUGCAAAGGCCUUCGGUAUGAAGAUCCAAUACCACAACCGCUCACGGCUGUCGGCCGAACUGGAGGCCGGCGCAAAAUACGUCUCGUUUGAUGAGCUCCUGGCCAGCUCCGAUGUCCUCAGUCUGAACCUGGCACUGAACGCAUCUACACGGCAUAUCAUUGGGGCCACCGAGUUUGGCAAGAUGAAGGACGGUGUGGUGAUUGUUAACACGGCGCGCGGUGCUCUGAUGGAUGAGAAGGCGCUGGUUGCAGCGAUUGAUUCUGGAAAGGUCCGUUCUGCUGGUCUGGAUGUGUACGAGGAAGAGCCCAAGGUUGAGCCCGGCCUGGUGAACAACCCGCGCGUCAUGCUGCUGCCGCAUAUUGGCACCGCGACCUACGAGACGCAGAAGGAGAUGGAAAUCUUGGUGUUGGAUAACCUAAAGUUGGCUGUAGAGAAGGGCGAGCUUAUUACCCAGGUUCCGGAGCAGAAGAAGGCAUAG